AUGGUUUAUUACAUUCGUUUUCUCAAAACUCCCAGGCUGCAGAAGCUAAAAACUGGCUCUGUCUCCGCCUCUGCACUUAUCUGCCUCACAACAGAUCUAGGCGAUGCAUUCCUGACACAGGAUGUGGAUUUACUUGUAACGCUCCGUCCUGCUCACGAUGAGAAAAACAUCAUAUGUCAGGAACGGCUGCAGUGGCACGGAGGGAAGCGUGAACUCCCAAUUUCCCUGGGAUCGCUCCCCAGCAGUAUCUCACAGCGACCAAUGAUAAUGGAAGUGACCACAUCCAAACCUAUCCGCGGCACAGAUUCAACAUUGUCAGACUCUCUGUUGGAUCAACGCAGUAUCCCGCUAGUAAUAUCCUGCUGGAGUGCACCUUUCGGAGGCUCACAGUCGCUGGUCGCCGAGAAGCUGGUUGAACGACGCUUCCGUGUAAGCCGGUCUGUGCAACUGAGUAUAUGGGAGGAAACCGGGAAUAGCAUUGCACGGCAUAUCUGGGAUGCAGCAAUAUCUUCGGUCAUGUAUCUUCAGCAGAUAAUUGCUAGGGAUCACGGACCAUCCAACCCGGUGCUAGAGGACCUUUUACAAACUGGACGCAGUAGCCCCCUCAACGUAAUUGAACUAGGAUCAGGAUGCGGUAUAGUUGGUAUCGCUUUGGCAAGCCUUCUCCCGCAAUGCUCCGCCCUGCUCACAGACCUAUCCGAGGUUGAGGAUAUCAUCUGUAAGAAUAUUGCUGUUGCGCAGCCGGCGCAUGGGUCAGAGAUCAAGUACCGGCCACUCGAAUGGGAAGAAGAACUCCCGGAUAAUCUCUUUGACAGCCCGUCCAUUGAUCUAGUCCUUGUCUCAGACUGCACUUAUAAUGCGGACAGCCAGCCGGCUCUAGUGUCAGUGUUAAGUCGACUGGUCCAGGUGUCUCCUAGCGCUAUCAUCCUCGUAGCUCUAAAGAGACGGCAUGAAAGCGAGGGUGUUUUCUUUGAUUUGAUGGAAUCCGCUGGGCUACACAAUCUACAUUUGCACCGCACCAAGGUCCCCUCAGAGCACGAACAAUGGGAUGAAAUCGAGUUGCACUGUUAUGGCAAACGUGCCCAAAAAUGA